GAUGGGUUGCACAUAACGAGCACAAUUAAAUUAGGAAACCCGUGAAAUCCGAGAGAGAAGUGUUUUAAUGUAUUUCUGCAUGGUAAUGCGACGUUAUUACUAAGCAAACCGGCUCAGGGUGAGAUGGGGACUCGAGCGUGCGCGCGAGAGAGCAGCAGGAACACCCAUCAGAUCCGGAUCUGACACGAUGAUGAUGACUGAGGAACUUCAGCAGUUGUGGAGGAGCUGUGAGCUGGAGGCAGCCUGAUGCUGGAAUAAAAACACCCAGGAAUGCGGAGAAAGGGAUAAAAAAGUAACUGUGCGCCUGCAUCACAGCACAACUUACACGUCCAAGCUGAAAAUGAGCAGGGCAGCGCAACACCAAAGGGCUGCAAACGGAGCUCAUCCAUGAUGACCACCGUGACCUGGUAGACUGUGAAUCUGUGGAGUGCACAGCCACGCACAGCAGAGAUGUACCAAGAGGUGGCUUUCCUAGCAGGCAGCACCGAUCAUCAGUUUACCUCCUUCCACUUUAACCCUUUGGAGAACCCGCAUGAAAUCAGCAGCAAAAAGGGUGUGUUUUACAAACGUGCACAACUGCAGUGUAAGCCCGGCGUACAGGAGGUCGAGGUGCACCGGAAUCGAGGAGCUGGAGCAGACGAGGGUGCUUUAGUUGACCGCACUGCCAUCAUCAACGUGGGCGGCAUCCGUUAUCGCAUACCAUGGUCCACUCUUGAGGAGUUCCCACUGACGCGUUUGGGGGUUUUUGGGAGUUUGGAGGAUGAUGAGUGAUUAGUAGACUUGUGUGAUGACUAUGAUGCGCACUGCAACGAGUUCUUCUUCGACCGAAGCCCCAGCGCCUUCCGCUCCAUCGUCACGUUCCUGGCGGCCGGGAAGCUUCGCCUGUUGCGGGAGAUGUGCGCGCUCUCCUUUCAGGAGGAACUGUUGUAUUGGGGUGUGGAGGAGGCCAGUCUGGAGUGGUGCUGCUUGAGAAAGCUCCGUCUUCGGCAGGAGGAGCAGCGAGAGAGACUCCGGCUGGAGGAGGAGGAGGCUGAGCUGACCGCGCCCCAGUCCUGUGAGGAGGCGCCGGGCGUCGGGAGCCCAGAGGAGGGGCGUCUGGACAGUUGCAUGCACAGCCUCAGAGACAUGGUGGAGAACCCUCACUCCGGGAUUCCUGGGAAGAUCUUCGCCUGCCUCUCGGUGGUCUUUGUGGCCAUUACGGCAGUUACACUGUGUGUCAGCACCAUGCCUGACCUGAGGGAGGAGGAGGAGAGGGGCGAGUGCUCCCAGAGGUGCUACAACAUCUUUGUGCUGGAAACAGUGUGUGUGGGCUGGUUCUCCCUGGAGUUCCUCCUCCGUUUCAUCCAGACGCAGAGCAAGUGCAUGUUCUUGCGCACACCCCUCAACAUCAUCGACGUGGUGGCCAUCCUGCCCUAUUACAUCACUUUGAUAGUGGACUCACUGUCCGUGAGCGACCGUCCCGCCGGCUCAGGAAACAACUAUCUGGAGAAGGUGGGAUUAGUCCUGCGAGUUCUUCGAGCAUUGCGGAUCUUCUACGUGAUGCGUUUAGCACGUCACUCGUUGGGGCUGCAGACGCUUGGCUUGACUGUACGUCGCUGCACUCGAGAGUUCGGACUGCUCUUGCUGUUCCUCUGUGUGGCCAUGGCACUGUUCUCUCCGCUGGUAUUUCUGGCGGAGAGCGAGAUGGGCGCUAAGCAGGAGUUCACCAGCAUCCCCGGGAGCUACUGGUGGGCCGUCAUUUCAAUGACGACGGUUGGUUAUGGUGACAUGGUUCCACGCAGCAUUCCAGGCCAGGUGGUGGCGCUCAGCAGCAUCCUGAGUGGAAUCCUGCUCAUGGCAUUCCCAGUCACAUCCAUAUUUCACACUUUUUCACGGUCCUACCUAGAACUUAAAGAGGAACAGUAUCGGGCCACACGGCACAAGCCCGAUUCACAAGACAGCACCAAGUCCCAAAACAGUGAGGAUUCACAGGACACUGACAUUUCCAUACAUGGAAUCACAGAGAGCACCGCAGUCAGUGUGCAUCACCGCAGAUCUGUGGCUGUGACAAGUCAAGGAGCUCCACAGGUCAGGAGAUCACUAAAGUCAUAAUGCAAACAGCUGACUGUAUUACUAAAACCAUGUACAAAGACGUGCUACAGGUGAGCGGCCAUAAAUAGUACCUGUAUAAUCAGGUGACUUAAAAAUAAUAGACAGUGGGAAAGGGACAUUAAAAUGGACAGGUCUGUAUGUCCAAAGCACAAUUAUUGAAAGAGUUUGUUCACCCUAAAAGGAAUGUUCUGCGAUUUACUAACCCUUAUGUUGUUCCAAAUGCAUAUGUCUUUCUUCUUCUGUCGAACACAAAUGGAAAUGUAUAGCAGAAUGCUAAUUGUUUCCAUAUAAAGAAAGUGAAUGGAGUCUGGAUCUAUAAACUCCAAAAACAUUUUUAAAAAGUGGUCCAUAUGACUCAUAGUAUUAUAUUCAAAGCUUCCCGAGGCCAUAGGGUAACUUUGUGUGAGAAAAUGAUGCAAAAUGUAAUUUAUUUGCUUAUCUUCCCUUCUGUGUUAGCUCCUAAAUCUCAUUCUUGGUUGAGAAUUCAAAUGUGUCACACCAGGUUUGACAUUGUUGUUGCAUGAAUCAUAAUGCAUAUUGUACUACACUGCUCCAAAUGGGAUUAGAACCAGCGUUAUCUGGCAUGGGUGGUGGGCACACUAACAAGGAUGCUAAAGGAUGCAGCCUCUAGCACUGUGUGCCUCUCAAGGUUUGGAGAGUGAGAUAUACCUGCACAGCUAUCUACCACCUGUCCUCCGUUACACCCACUGCCUAAACCUCACUCCCAUCUGUCACGGCACCAAUGUAACUAGUCCUACAUGCACCGUUUAAAGAAGGAUUCAAACCAGUGUGAACUGGCAUGGGUGGUGCGCAUGCUAACAAGGAUGCUAAAACCAGCAAACCUUAACAUACUGCUUGAGGCCAGGGCUGUGAGGUUGACCUGCACAACUAUCUAAUAGCCUGCCUCAAUACACUGUCUAAACUAUCCCAUUCGGGUCACGGCACCAAUGUAACUGGUCCUAUUGCACCACUGACAAAGAGAAGUGGCACUAACAAAAACCAGCAACCUUAAACAUGCUUCAUGAGGCCAGGAGAGUGAGGUUAACCUGCACAGCUCUUAGGCCCCUGUUACACUCACUUGCUAAACUUCACUCCCAUUCGGAUCAUGGCACCAAUUUCACAGUAUGGUAGGCAGGUGCUUUAACAAGGACGCUAUGAAAAUGUCCACUUUCGUGCCUCUUGAGGCCAGGGGAGUGAGGUUUACCUGUGCAGCUCUUACUAGAGGGAUUCAAACCAGUGUCAGCAAGCAUGGGAGGAGGGCAUACUAACAAGGCCCUUAGUGGUUUUCAAACCCUGGGUUGCGACCCUUGGUCUUAAAAAAAAAAAAAAAAAAAAAAAAAUGGCCUUAAAAAAAUGGGUUGCCAGGAUGUUUAAGGAAAAUGUAUGUACCAAAGUUAAAGACUCAGGGAAGAAGGAGGCAGGAACCAGCAAACUUACCUUUAAUAACUAAAUAAACAUAAACAACAAAACGAAAGUAAGUGGCAGCCGCCUCACAGCAGAAUUCAAUGUGUAUUUGUGUUUGCGCUGUUUUUGCAGUGUUGAAUACUGUAGCCAAGCACAGACAUAUUACAGACAUGUUGAUU